GUACAGAUGAAGGACAGGCGUUACAGGGAACCCCCGAAGCGACAUAUCCCGACAGAAAACUCAUAUGAAAACUUUAUAAAGAAGCAGAAUUCUAAGUACUUAAUCGCUUCAUCCUUCGACCUCUCCGGGCGACAUGUGGCGUAUCAUCCUAAUGGCAUCACUACUGUCAGCCAGUAUAGAAAAAAUUCAAACGGCGGACCAAGUUAAAAGAAGGGCACCUUCUGGUUUUACCGGCGUUAGAGGAAAAAAAUCAAUUCCCGACUCCACAUACUCCGAUACGACUCAAAUUUUGAAUGAUCCCGCGUUUUCGAGCGGCGAAGAUGGAUUAGAUAAGCGAGCUCCCGCCGGCUUUAUGGGAAUGCGCGGUAAGAAACCGUUUCCUGAGUCGAACAGUCUACCGGAAGACAUCGAGAAAAGAGCUCCUUCAGGAUUCAUGGGAAUGCGCGGCAAAAAAGAGAACCUGGACGACUAUGACAAGAGGGCUCCAUCGGGAUUCAUGGGCAUGCGAGGAAAGAAGGAGUAUGACGCCGACUACUACGGUAACGAUUUCGUUGACAAACGUGCACGUGGCUUCAUGGGAAUGAGAGGCAAGAAGUCAAUCGAUGAAAUUAACGAAGAAGUGAAAAGAGCGGUUCUAUCCGGAUUCUUCGGAAUGCGUGGUAAGAAGCAACCCGCAAGAUCUAGCUUCUUCGGAAUGCGAGGCAAAAAAUACCCAUACGAGUUUAGAGGAAAAUUUGUGGGUGUACGUGGUAAGAAAUCGUCGAAUGAAAUUGGAGAUUACGGUUACUUAAAUGGUCACCUAGACAAUGAAGAGCAACUGGCAAAGUUCGCAGAAGAUCUCGACCUAAAUCAACUUAUGCUACUUUUGACUGAUAACAACGGAAACCAGUGGGACAGUAGUUAUCUGGAGCAAGAUCGCGUAUGAAUUUGGUUACAUUACACCCUACCUCCUAUAAAUCUACUUUAAUUAAUAUUCCUACUUAGCUUAUACCAUGGUAGGCUGUUACGUUUCUCUAUAAUCUAAUUCGCAUAUACCUACCUUAUCAAAUAAGUUCCAAAGGGAUUUUCUUAAUGGCUGGACAGGAAAAUUCGUUUCGAGCGAAUAUUAUUAAAUGUGAUUUACUUUGCCUUUGGAUGGAUGGUUUGCUAAUAAUUUACUAUGCAAUAAAUUUUUGUUAGAAUAUUACCUAAAAGAAAAUGUAACAUCUACUAAACCUCUAACAUAUCAUGUCAGCACUUUUCUGUCAUCUGACGAAUUAAAAAUCAUAGGAAAAAUUAGAACAUGCUGUAUUGUAGUAGUUAAACGACCAUGUCAAAGUAUAUUUAGUUGUUUAUUUAUCAGUAAAUAAAUGAAUUUAUUCUGUUA